GGGCAAUGGUUCACAAACGUUACUCUCAGCUCAGUGGGGAAACAGCACGCGGCACGGCACGCUCUCACCGGUGGACAAAAAAAAAGCGAAGUGACUUCUCUGUUGGAACUCCGACACCUCCAGAAAGCCAGCGUGCUCCCCUCCCCCUCCCGCGCAUGGAUUCAACCGAAAACUUUUGUAAGCUGAAAUAAGGACUGCAUGGGAAUUGCACAAUGACAUCAACAAUCUUUCAACCGAUGUGAGUGCAGCAGGAGCAGCCUCAGUCAUCUCCAGGAUUACCUUAGAGUCCACUGACUGCUCCAAGACAGACAUAAUGAUUCUGCGCAUAUUUCACUGAGGAACCCAUGCCCCCUGCAUCCCACAAGAUCGAUAAAAUGGAACUCAAACCAGCCUGUCAUUUGAAUAAUUCUAAGUACAAAACUGCUGCCCCUUCAAGUACUUCCAAUUGGACCUGACACCGACGCCUGGAAGAUUGCAUGAUGUUUAUGAAUUUCAGAAGGAUCAGAAAGUGUCUAUGCCUGCAGGUGGUGGCAACGCUGUUUGUCCUGUCCGUGGUAAUGGUGUGCUGGGAACAGCUGGACAACAACAUUGUGAGCCACGCAAAGUCGUACACGUACCGCUACUUGGUCAACAGCUACGGCUUCCUCAACAAGAGCUUCACCAUCAGCCGACAGGACGCCGAACGCCUCAGCAGCCACCGCUACUUGAUCAACCACGAGGGCAAAUGCGCCGGCAGGGAUGUGCUGCUGCUGCUCUUCGUGAAGACGUCACCCGAGAACGUGGAGAGGCGGAGAUCCAUUCGCUCCACCUGGGGGAACGAGACUUAUAUCCGGCAGGAGCUCAGCGCCCAUGUGAAGGUGGUGUUCGCGCUGGGUAUCCACCAGGACCCCCAGCGGAGGGAGAGCACCCAGCAGGCCCUACUCGCAGAGGAUCGGAAAUACCAUGACCUGGUUCAGCAGGACUUCACCGACACGUUCCACAACCUAACCAUUAAGCUGCUCCAGCAGUUCCGCUGGGCCCACGCCUACUGUGGCCACGCCCGCUUCCUCAUGUCGGCCGAUGACGACAUCUUCGUCCACAUGCCCAACCUGGUCAGGUACCUCCGAGAGAUGGACCAGAGGGGUGUGAGGGACUUCUGGGUCGGCCGAGUGCACAGAGGUGCCCCGCCCAACCGCCACAAAGACAGUAAGUACUAUGUCCCCUACGAGAUGUACCAGUGGUCAUCUUACCCGGACUACACGGCCGGGGCCGGGUACGUGGUCUCGGGUGACGUGGCUUCCAAAAUCUACCGGGCCUCUCUGACGUUAAACUCCACGCUCUACAUCGACGACGUCUUCAUGGGCAUCUGCGCCAAUGUGAUGGGGGUGUCUCCUCAAGAACACGUCUUCUUCUCAGGAGAGGGAAAAGCCCCGUAUCACCCAUGCAUCUUUGGCAAAAUGAUAACCUCCCACGGACACGUGAACGACAUCCACGACCUCUGGAAGGUGGCCACCAGCCUCAAAGUACAAAAAAUCUCUGGCGGACUCCUCGGAAGGCUUUAUUGCACAGUGGUCAGAGUGGCGCUCCUUUGUAAACCGUAUUAUGUUGACACUUACCCGUGCAAGUCUGCAUUUUUAUAGCUUGUGUAAGGACUUCAGCACAUGCUAAGUUCCUGGGGGGGCCCUCAUCGGGCCAUGCAUUCAUAUGUGCAUACGUUUACCUCCUGGUGUUCGUUAUCUCAUGCAGGGAAAGUUACUCCAGUGCUGUCUGCUGUAUUCAUUGGCUUCUCGAAGGGAGGGGAGAAAUGUCCCAUAAGGUUUCACUUUAGCACUAGGUUCGGGUUGAGGUCAUAAUGAAGGAUAUCAAGAUUCUCGGCUUUUAUUUCCUGUACAAACCGAUUUAAUUAAAUUGAUUGAAAGUACAUUUCCAUUGCUUUGCUUUCAGCUCUUAUGCUUUCCUGAGGUGUACACCAAAAAAUUUAUAGGAGCAAUUAAGCACAACCGCCCCUCCAACCUUUCAGCAAAACCACACCCGCUCUUAAGCUCAAUAACUCCAGGCCUCCAAUUCCAGGACUAAAAAGCAGUGGUUUCCCAUAGCAGUGCUGCCAAUUUCACAUGAGUGACACAGGAAAUGGUUUAAUUCUAUCUUGGCUACAGGAAAGCAUGCACCAGUUUUUUUAAUGAAUAAAUAGCGGUUAAACAUGUAUAUGGAAAAUGAGAUAUUGGGUUUGGGUCACAGUGAUCGGGUCAUUCUAUGCGAAUGCAUAUAAUGGACAACACCAAUGACAAAUUACAAUGUGUUCAUUACAUUUCACUUACUGUACGUCCAUGUUCUGCAGGCACUACAGCUCAGAAAAGUUUGUUUACAUGUAAUAGAAGUAUUGUACCAAGUUCAACAACUGUACUGUUCUUUAUGUAUCCAAUUUGUAUUCAUGGUGCUUUAAACAUAUACUACAUAUUGUUAUUGUCAAGCAAAUGCCUUCAAUGUUCACUCUUUUUUUUUUUACACAUACUGAAAAUCCUCAUCCAGCUUUCUGUCCUGUUAGUUUCUCAUAACUCAGCAACCAAUAAAGUUUGCUCAAACCCCCAUGUGGCUAAACCAUAA